AUGGCGACAGCAGAAGCCCCCCACAGACACCAGCUUGGUCGGCGCCGAGCCGCCGCUCUGACCCGCCUCUCCUCUCGCCUUCGGACACCGGCAAGCAGCGGCGGUGCCGCCCAGCGGGCAGACGACAGCGAUUGGGCGAGAGGCGAAGAAGUAGGCUCCGGACACCAUCCUUCUCCCCUCCUUUACUUCGAUGUAACGGCUCAAGUCACUAGUUCCGUUCUUGUGAGCGAGCUGAUUGGGCGAGGCGCGUACACCUUUGCGUCCUGGAGUCAGCUGGGGCUGACUUUGAGCCUGGUGGCUUAUACCGCUGAGAGGAUUGGCCGGGAAGCCAAGCGGCGUCAUUUCCAGUGCAAAGUUGAGGCCUUGGACAGCUACAGUAUGGCAAACCUGAUCCAUGAGACACUGGUUGUGUUUGUCUGUGCGACCACAGGUCAAGGAGACCCUCCUGAUAAUAUGAAGAAUUUCUGGAGGUUCCUUUUCCGAAAAAGCUUACCUGCCACUUCCCUGUGCCAGAUGGAUUAUGCGGUCCUGGGCCUUGGAGAUUCCUCAUAUCCCAAGUUCAAUUUUAUUGCCAAAAAACUGCACAAGAGGCUUCUCCAGCUCGGGGGCAACCCUAUCAUGCCCGUGGCAUUAGGAGACGACCAGCACGACUUGGGGUAA